AAGUUUUUUUCCCCCUCUCUUUUAAACUUUCCCCUAAAGUGGGUGUGUGUUUGUGCGUGUACGUGUAUAAGUAGGUGAGAGAGAGAGGGAGAGAGAGGGAGAGAUAUCAACAGUAGUUUUAUUCAUUCGAGAGAAGCAGCAUUACCUGGGAGCAGUUCAUCCUCUGAGUGCAGACAUCUCCUGUUAACUUCACAUCACAAACAACAAGAUGGUUCAGAUUAGGAAAAUCUGCUGCAUUGGCGCAGGUUAUGUCGGAGGCCCGACAUGCAGCGUCAUCGCCAGCAUGUGCCCCGAGAUCACGGUGACGGUGGUCGAUGUGAACGAGAACCGAAUCAAAGCCUGGAACUCAGACACUCUUCCCAUUUAUGAGCCUGGCCUGAACGAGGUCGUGUUGUCCUGCCGAGGCAAGAACCUUUUUUACUCCACUGACAUCGACUCAGCCAUCAAGGAAGCAGAUUUGGUCUUUAUUUCUGUGAACACGCCCACUAAGACGUACGGGAUGGGAAAGGGCCGAGCGGCCGAUCUGAAGUUCAUCGAGGCCUGCGCGCGGCGCAUUGUUGAGGUCUCUGACGGUUAUAAGAUCGUGACGGAGAAAAGCACGGUGCCCGUGCGGGCUGCUGAGAGCAUCCGGAGGAUCUUCGACGCCAACACCAAACCCAGCCUUAACCUGCAGGUGCUUUCCAACCCAGAGUUUCUUGCCGAGGGGACGGCUGUAAAGGACCUCAAGGAGCCUGACCGCGUUUUGAUCGGCGGGGAUGAAACUCCCGAAGGGCAAAAGGCAAUCAGGGCACUGUGUGAAGUGUAUGAGCACUGGGUACCCAAGUCACGCAUCAUCACCACCAACACAUGGUCAUCUGAGCUGUCCAAAUUAGCGGCGAAUGCAUUCCUAGCUCAGCGUAUCAGCAGCAUAAACUCCAUCUCGGCUCUGUGUGAGUCCACCGGCGCCGACGUCGAGGAGGUGGCCAGAGCUAUCGGCAUGGACCAGCGCAUCGGCAGCAAGUUCCUCAAGGCCAGCGUUGGCUUUGGAGGAAGCUGUUUCCAGAAGGAUGUGCUGAAUUUGGUGUAUCUGUGUGAGGCGCUGAAUCUACCUGAAGUGGCCUCGUACUGGCAGCAGGUCAUUGAUAUGAAUGAGUAUCAGAGGAAAAGGUUUGCGUGCAGGAUCAUCGACUGUCUGUUUAACACUGUGACGGGAAAGAAAAUCGCCCUGCUGGGCUUCUCAUUCAAGAAAGACACCGGGGACACCAGAGAGUCAUCCAGUAUCUAUAUUUCUAAAUAUCUGAUGGAUGAAGGAGCCAAGCUGCACAUCUUUGACCCGAAAGUGUCGAAGGAGCAGAUCGUACAGGACCUGUCACAGCCCAGCAUCUCAGGAGACAACCCCGAGAGAGUAUCUGACCUCGUCACCGUGUCCUCAGAUCCUUACGAAGCCUGUAAAAGCGCACACGCUCUAGUGAUCUGCACCGAGUGGGACAUGUUUAAGGAGCUGGAUUACGCAAAGAUUUAUCACCAGAUGUUGAAGCCAGCGUUCAUAUUCGACGGUCGUAGAGUCCUGGAUCAUUUACACCUCGAGCUCCAGAACCUCGGUUUCCAGAUCGAGACAAUUGGAAAGAAGGUGAUGACCCGGCUUCCCUUCACACCCACAGGCGCAGGACCCAGGAUUACCCUCAACGAGCCACCCACGAAGAAAUCCAAAGCCUGAGACACACGCGCGCACACACAAAAUACACACGCUCACUCAGACUGAAGUCUUUUAAAUGUCUUUUAAAAAAAAAAAGCAAACCAAAGUACGAAAAUGAUGAAUAUUUUUACAGUGUAGAGUUUGUAACGCUCCUCAUCCAGACCCGGUGUCCUCCACCCGUCUCCAGCACACUGUGUUUAGCUGGGUCUUAAAGGAAUGUUAUAUGUUGGAACACCUUUCAGCUGGAGAACACGGUUUAGUUUCUCAGUAUUCAGUGCGAUCGUUGCACGGACGACGGUGAAGUAGAAGUUUUAGUCAGUUUUUAUUCGGAGAGGGAAAGAGAGAGUGUGUGUACGUGUGUCUCAAGUAUGCUGGAAGAUUGCAGUUACUCGUUAUGUAAUCAUGUCCUUUUAACAUGUGAUUUUACAUGUAAGACCUUAAUGUGAAUUUUUUUUCUUUUUUUUU